AUGCCAUCGUUGAUUGCCUUUCAUCUCGUCGCCGUUUCCACAAAGAACCCCAUCCUCGCAUUCAUCCAGGGUCAAAAGCCAUCCGUCGCCCCCAGAAUCCAAAAAACUGGAGUGCCGUGUAGGGCGAGCGGAGGAAUCAGCAACAGAAAUUGUUUUUCGGCGCGCCGAGUGGAAGGGAGAGAAAAAAGGCCUGGGGCUAAAAUUGGGUGCGACACAGAAACGGGGGCUGCGCGACAAAUGGACGUGGAGGGGCGACGAUGGGGAGAGGGGAGACUGGAGAGCCCAUUGAUCCAUAUCCUAUUCAAUCUUCUGGUCAAGCCGAGUGGAGGACCGCAGGCGAUGCGUGGCAUUGUUGGGAAAACAGCAAAAGGGAAUUGA